AUGGCCCAAACCUGGUACUACGCCCUCGAGCAGGACGAGGGCAUGCCGUCAUGGGAGCGCUUCAAGGAGCUCGCCAACCAGCGCUUCGGGACGGCCAUUCGCUCCAACCGCCUCUCGGAGCUGGCCCGGCUUCCCUGGCAUGGCACCGUCCAAGACUUCCAAGAGCGCUUCAACGCCAUGGUGUGCCACACCCCAGAGCUCUCGCCAAAGCAGAAGGCGGACCUCUUUUGCCAACGCCUCUUCUACCCGGAGGUGGCCAACUACACGUCCGAUGGCGAGGACAAAGCUGCGGCUGGGGGCGCUGGCGCCCAGUCUGCCGAGGAUCUGGACCCGGUCGUCUCCCUCAACACCAUCGCCGACAUUCGCACCGAGGACACGAUGAUGGUCCCUGUCCACAUCGGCGGACACCGUCUGACGGCCCUCCUCGACAGCGGCUCAACGCACAACUUCAUCCACACGGAUCUGAUGAGUCGUCUCAGCUUGGUGACAUCAAGCGCCAAACUAUGA